UUGUCAAUGUCAAAUUACCUACUUGUCAGUUGGCGAGAUAAAUUUUAUAAUCGUUAAGCCAAUUUGUGUGAAAAAUGGCAUUGGCUUUAGUUAAAAAAGCCAUCAUAUCCAAUCCAAGUUCCUUUCGUAAAACUGUUGGAAUAUUUUGUAAUGCUGCAAGAAACCAUUGGAAUUACCAGUACAAGCCUGGUCCAUAUCCUAGGACUCAAGCAGAAAGAGAAGCUGCUGCAAAAAAAUAUGGCUUAACUAUCGACGAAUAUCAACCAUAUCCUGAAGAGAUGUGCUAUGGAGAUUAUCCAAAAAUGCCAGAUAUUGGUGCCGAUUCAAAAGAUCCAUCGUAUCCUUAUGAUUCGCCGGAAUUAAAAAGAAAUUUUAACGAAACAUUUCAUGCACAAGCAGAAAUAUUUGGAGAAGAUCGCUAUGAUAUAAGCAUGAGGCCUCGACUUCCUGUAUUGACUCAAUUGACAUGGUUUUUGUGUACAAUCACAGGUAGUUUCCUGUUAUACUUUUACUUUGAAAAUCAUAAGUUUGGACGACCUGUAACUGUUAAGCAAUAUCCUCAAGAUGGUCCACACUACUUAUUCAGCCCAAAAUAGGAAAAAUAAGUAUGUCAGCGUAGUGUUCUAAAUUAUUGUUCAAUCAAUAAAAUGCUGUUAUCAAAUAGAUUUAUUUAAAAUA